GUAUCUAAAAUGCGCCUAGCUCUGGCCGCUGAAAUCAUGCUGGUGGCCGCUCUCAAGCUUCUCUCUGGUUACGGUUUGUUAGUUUCAAAGCGCUUGUUACGAGUCGCCACUUUUCUUUUUGAAGGGCCGAAAUAGUAGCACGACUAAAUAACAGUGUAUUCGAAGGCAAUCAAUCUUUAUUUUCAAAUAGUACUGUAUUGUCAACGGCAGAUCAACGACUGACUUUUCAUCUUCCAAUGCAACUCAGAUACAGUCACCCCCUACAGUACUCUGAUGGCAUACCAGAAGACCUUUCAUUUCCACAAGUAGUAUGACAGAUCUUUUGCCUGGAACGUUUCUAUUCGCUGAUCAAAACACCUCCAACACAAACAAACCCGUGACAAACGAAAACCUGGACGGGUCUUUCGAGAGAGCGUUAAACGAAAUGGAUUAUCAUAGGAAGAGAAUGAACGAGUAUCUCUGUCACGGCUACAUGGCAGAGGAAAUUUUCAAGGAAGUGAGCACUCCCAGAGUAAAGCGACGUCCCGAGUCAUCGCCAAUCGCCAACGACAACCUGCACAAUUUCUUAGGCAAUGACAAUGUGACGAUACACGACAAGCUUCUAUCGGACGAGGGAAGCUCGAAGUACAAAAAUUGGCUGCAACGCACAACCACGCUAGAUGAUAUAUAUCGACACUACGCACCUCGUAAGAAGAUAAUGAAGAAACAAGACGGCCAACACAAGGACAUCGAAGAGUUCGAUGGCGAAGUGACGGGUUACGCGAUGCAAGCUCCUCUGCCAUCCGGAAAAGUGGGCUUCUACGAGCCGUCUCACGAAGGUGACAUGUUAUCGUCUUCGUCGGGGCAUCACAAUUUUCAUUACGGGCCGGCGUUUGGCCACCACUAUGGCGACCAUUUCGGACACCACGGCGACUUCUUCCCGUCCAUCCACGAGGAGUUCUAUUACGUACCGCAAUCUCAUCAUGAUCAGGAGGAGGAUCACGGGCCCGUCUAUGACAAAGGGAAGAGCCACGAUCUGUCUGUCAAGGAUUUCUUCGAAAUUGCGCUUACCGCGCUUGCCUUCUUAGCAUUCGGACUGUUCAUCAUUCAAUUGCUGAUGAACGCGAACAAUAAUCCGCCCAUGAUGAUGACUACCGGCAGGCAACGUGCCAAGAGACACGCAAUUCCUAUGUCUUUGUCCUCCGCCAGCAAUGAGGAUCUGAAUGACUUGUCGUAUCGCGUCUUGAGAUCCAUAGAAGCGGUUAUGGUCGCCGAGACGGACUCGGGAAAUUGUCUGCGCAGGAUACUGUGCGAGAAUAAUCGAUACUCCAGGGAAACCAACGACGGCCGCAGGAUUUGGGUUCCCGUUUGGAGCUUGGGUAUGAGCUGGUUGUCGGGUAGGGUGUUGAACAGGGCUCCGUGGUCGGCAAGGUUGGACUCUGUGAAGGCAUCUAUUCUCGGUCUGGGCGGAAUCGAUUGCGCCUCCUUCUACCCUGGAUGCAAUCUCGAAAAGGAGGGCAUCAAAAGACGUCGCAGGAAGAGAAAAUAAUGAUACUUUGGAAGUCAGACAGUAUAGAUAGAACAAAAAUUGCAAGCGAACACUUCAGAUACUUUCGUACACGAUCUGUAUUCAUAAACAGCAAUGAUGGCAGCACGGUAGAUCCACAAGUGUCGUAAUAUACGUUCUAUGAUAGUUAUAAAUACGCAAUAUAACCAGAGCGCGUCACGUUGCAUUGUUGUCAUUAUCAGCGGCAUCGCCCUGAUGAAUACACGUGUCACCGCGUGGAAUGGACAGAAGCGUUGCGUGUGUAGUUCCACUGGGGCAUACAUGAAAGACGCUCCUAUCGCCUCUGUCUCGCAACGGCCGACAAUUUGUCAAAAGCGGCACUUCACGCUUGUCGUACAGCGUGCGGAACUGUGCAACCUCGCGAAGGACAAAAACGAAGUUUACUUUAGGAUGAAUUAUUAUGAAGCGGUUCAGAAAUCAUUUCCGACGAAAAUAGUCAAUACUUAUCUUUUCUAAACAAUCGCGCAGGGAGAGAUAGAUAGGGAAUGAAACGGAAAUUAUUUAUGGCUUGAUUAACUACUUGUACGUACGACAAACUGGCUCAUCUAAUAACCGCUGAACCGCUUAACGGUACAUUUUUCACUGCGACGCGACUUACUUGCUCCAUAGAUAUUCCUACCGGUUCUCUGCUUAUUACCCAAAGUACGCUGUUCCUGUAACUUAUCAUCUUCACAGAUCCCCAGUACACGAAGUAAUCGCGUUGAAAGCAUCGCAUAAUAUUCGUUAUGAGGAAGGGCGUUAGACGGACAGAAGAAUAAGCUGCUUGGACCAAAGGCAGUGCCCUCAGGAUACCGUCUAAAAGUGGAUUAUGAUCUGCCUGUAACUAAAGAAAUAAUAUUAUUCAACGCGUGCUUAUUAUUUUUCUAACGUUUGAGCGUAGAAUAUUACCGUUUCUCUCACAAAGCAUUUGGCCUGAAAUAUAUUAAAAGCACACAUUUUCCUCUGUAGAGAAAAAUUAUGCAGAAAAAAGCAA